CAAAACUGUCAGCCCCGAGCUCUUCCCCCAACUGCCGAAGGACACUAUUAAUAGGUCAAGUUUUGGAUGCCCUAUCUAUGCAUGUUCCAGCGGUGAUUACCACCGAAUAAUUUCUCGUAUUCUAGGGUUUCAAGCCCUUUAAAUUAACGUCCAAGUGCUCCGUAGAUCUUGAAGCUGUCCCAUCUUCUUGGCGCGAAGUUAUUCGGUUGAAACUUCCCGCCUCGCCUCUCUAAACUUCCAUUGGGCCUCCUGUCGGCUCAGCUAGGGCCCGCAGCUCCGCUGGUUUACCGGAGUGAGUUCGGCCAAGGGGAGGCGAUUUGAUGAAGUCUUUUCUUUUUUCCCCCAAGCCUAGUUAGUGCUUGCUCUAAAAUUUGCAAGGAAAGUCGGCCUUGGGGCCGAGGUUGGUGGGAAAUAGUUCUCAUCUGCAUAUUCCCGCACGCGAAACAACAGCGCUGUCUCGUUGAACUUAAUCACGGUGAAUCAAAGCCGAGAUAUGAAUACCAGGUGAACGGGACGAAGGAAUCCAGAAGGCAGACUCGUGGACGUCAUUGAUAUCCGUCCUCCACAAAAUGACGUACACUCCCUAGGAGCAAUAGUCAAGGAAACACUAUGGAUGACUACAGGUAGUGCAGCUCGUACUUCUCGAGUCGUCCCAUGUUUGAGGUGUUCAUAGCUAGCUUGCCUGCAACGUGCAAUGAUGUCAGUCCAACGGUACGCUGUCUCUUGCCAGCUAUUGUGGUGCAUGAGUUGCCCACCCAACUUCUUUUUUUCAAAUUUUAGCACGGUGAAAGCCGAAUGCAACCAUAUUACUGCCAGGGCGAAUCGUCGGCUCUGCGCCUGUUGGAUGAAAAAAGAUAAACUAGUUGUCUGUUUAGCGCGGCUAGGGGAAACGCGCUACUCGCCAGCCCCCUGCGACCUUAGUCAGCGCACUCCGAAACUCCGCGGGUUGGAAAGGAGAGGAAAUAAUAACACCGCAACUUGAACUCCAGCAAAUUGCCAACUGAGAGGCCGCUAAAAAUGACCACGAAAUGUGCAGCUUCGUGGAUGUGCUUGUGGCGUUGAUGCGUGUGGACCAGGCAAGUCAACCACUCAGGAUAACUUCGUCGGGCUCAGUGAACCGAUGGCGGCACUGCCACUGCACAUCAUCAUACUACUCCAUCACUGCGGAAAGCGAAAAGCUUUUGGUACCCAUUACCAACCCUCCCCAUCGCAAGCAUAACUAUAGGACCUGUGCUGGUUUACCUGAUGGCUGGUAUACGACCCUAUCGGAUAGUUACGAGCCUUGGUUGAUGGGCUGGUGGAAAGGACUAGACAACAAAGAUCAAAUAUCCAUGACCCUGUCAAAAAUGAACAAUUGCGAUAAUCGCACCUUCACUUCUUUCACCAACUACAUGCACAUGUACCUGUAGUUGGUUUUUGGUAGGGCGAAAUCGCAAUUAAGCCUGAGUCCAGAAGAGAAAUGCAACCACAUAUCUUAAGCAGCAUCCAGUGCCACAAAGACAUAAUAACAUACUCAAUUGAUCAUGAAUGGAGAAGUCUAUUUGAGAACUAGCUCCGGUUUUAUGAAUUGUUCACCGCUAUAAUCACUAAUUAGAUUCUAGGAAAGCAGUUUUCGGCUCAUAAUACUUGUGCUAACAUACGUACAUUUUGCAACUACAUGCAGCAAAUAUAUAAAUAUAUAUAUAUAUAUACAUAUACAUAUAUACGCAGAGGUAUAUGCGCACUCUACGCUGAUGAUGGUGCGCUGCACAGUGCUGCAGCAUACCUUACAAUACGAACAAUGAACUCAACUUUAUUGCCUAGAUUUACUUAUAUGAUGCCGUUGCAGUUGAACUUCAGUGACACUAGCAACGCUGCUGAACAACAGCCGAAGAUAACUUUUCGACCGGAAUUUUCUGAAGAUUUGAGAAGGGCAGCUAGUAACUCUGCUUUCCCGGAGAUCUACAGAAUGUGAUAGGAUGCGGGGAGUCGCAUGUUCCAUGGUUAUACCUGCGGUGGGUUAAAUUGGCAUGCACGCAUGCGAAAGAAAUGAAAGUCAAAGGAAAGGGGAAACGUUGUGGGUGUUAGUUUCCCAACCAGAAGAUAAUAUGAAUGCCGGUGCGGCGAUUCUGGUAACAGCAACUGCUUCGAAAACAGAAUACAUCGUUGAUUUGUUGGUUCGACUUCUUGGUGUUUUCUGCGUUCCACUGCUGUAUAUGAAUCGAUGGCUUGGCUUCUUAAAUGAUACUGCAGCCCUUUGUCAUUGCGGUGCACUCGAAAGAGACAUACUGGCGUGCCAAGGUGUUGUCUGGAGGAAGUCUUCGGUAAUAUUGGCUGGGCUUGCAACAAUCGGUUGACCACCCUGAGCACAAGAACUGGACUGGUUCAUAUAAUUUCGCGCAUCGAGAUGCGCCGUGGGCAAUCUUUGAGAGCCAAGUGGUUCGUUUUCACCGCGCACCUGUUAUUUUAUAGCUGUAUGCAGGCUGCAUGUUGAAGCUCCCAUUCCAUCGUUUCGUGCCAAACCUCUUUUUUCUCGCCGUCUUGCCCCCUUCCCCCCUCUGAGUAUAUCAUAUAAAAAUCUCCCUAUUUCUCCUUUGUAUAGUCAAUUCUCUCUCUAUUUCAUCCACUUCUCGUCCACAAUUCUGCCACACAAAAUCACCUCUAUCAGUUUCAACUUUUCAGUCACCCCCAUCCCAACGAUUACCCAAACUGCACGAUUACAAAAUGCGCCUCCUCGUCCUCGCAAGCAUCGCUGCUUUCGUUUCAAUGGCCGCCGGCGAGGCCUGCUCGCCACCAGGCAAAUAUUGGUGUGCAAUCGGGCCUCAUGGUACUCUCGUUGUUUAUACCUGCUCCGCUUAUUUGGAAAAGGUACUAUCCGCAGAUUGUGGAGGGAUGUGUUGUAGAAAUCUAGGCAAUGCGGCCUAUUGCUGUUAAGAAGUGGAAUAAAAUUUCAGGGAAGGGGUCAGUUUUUUUCAGUGAGCUACAGAGGAGUUGAAUAUGUGGUUGGAGAACGUCGAGACGGGACAAGCGCGCCUGUAUGGGUCAGAUGAAUGUAUAAGUUAUAUAAAAGUCCUAGUAUGGAGGCGAUUGAUAUUUUCCUGCCUAGUAUGCUACCAAAGCUAGAUACAAAAGCCGAAGAAUACUUUUGCAAUACCACUAUUGUCCUACCCGGCCAUCAUAACACUCCAAAAUGGGUUCAUUCUCAGCGUGUGACUUUUCGCGUUUUGUGAUCUGUCCUCUUACCUAGGCCUCGCUGGCAUGAAACUAGAUAAAUUUAAAUUUUUUGUCCUAUCUCUCAGCUCAGGCCUAUACGGAUUGAUUUUAGGGUUUAGCUAGGUCAUGCGGUGAUAUUGAAAGGCCUACCUGCCUACAUUAUGAGUUAAAUCCUCCACAGCCUUCGCCCAAUAUUAACAGGAUAUGGAUACUCUAGGAUUGACG